ACCAUUUAUUUCUUUGCUGGGGUUAUAGUUUUCUUACUAAGUAGAUUAGACGUGAACAAAUAAAAUAUCUAUUUUAAAAUAUCAAGACAAGUAGGUAUGAUUCUCCAGGAUGAGCUAGAGGCCAGCAAGUUUUAUCUGUUUAUGCAUGAAGCUCUUUCGGCAGUGAAAGUCAAAGUCAACUGCACCUUUAGUAGAUUAUGUUAGGGAACGGGUUAAAGAGUAGUAGUAAACUUCAUGGUCUAGCUGCUCCUGGCGAGAAUUUCUGCUCACAAUGUUCGCAAGAAUUCAGCCGUAUCUGCUGGUUAUCUUCAUUCAAGUUUUGGUUGUAGCAGCAAUCACAAAUCCACAGGAUUUUGCUGCUCUGCAAUCUCUCAAAUCUGGAUGGGAGAAUGCACCACCAAAUUGGGUUGGAACAGAUCCAUGUGGGAGUGGUUGGGAUGGGAUUGGAUGCAGCAAUUCUCGCGUCGUCUCUAUAACAUUAGCGAGCGUUGGUUUGAGUGGUCAAGUACCUGGGGACAUCGCCGAUUUAUCUGAACUGCUGACUCUGUAGGUCAUUUUUCUAGAGUUUC